CUUUCUUUCACCCUUGAGUGAAUUGCCACCUGGUGCCUGGCAUCGGUCACACAGACAAAGAUCGCUCCAUCCUAAUUGGAGAAAAUGCAGUGAACAUCUUCCCAACCACCAAACUUCCUGCCUUCGCUCUUGUACGCCCAGUUGGCAUCCACUUCACCUUUCUAUCCAACCCGAAGGGCCUCUACACCGAGCUAUCGAAUAAAAAUUCUCAUUUUCAAUUUUGUGUCCCUUCCAGUUCCCUUCGGCCCUUCCCCUUUCAGCUUAACCGCACAAAAAAUUAGGUGGGCAGUCCGCUCGGCCGUUCGAGACCCCCACAGCACUUGUUCCAAUUGUUCAAGAUGCUGUGUCGUUUCUAGAACUCUUUUCUGCCUAACUGUGCCUUGCCCUGUCCUACUCGCGUGGCCGAUGAAAUCAUUGUCGUAAACACCUUGCCUCAAAGUUUCGACGGAGAAACGCUUUGUCAUCUUCUUCCUUCUACUUGAUGCCUUGCAAUCCUCUCCUUUCUGCUUGGCUGCCUGGCUCUUUUUCGUCCCAUCCCUCCCGCUUUCCAGACUUUUCGGCGACUUGCGAAAAGAAUUUCGCAAUUAGCCGCUCUGUUGCUCUCCUUCUACUUUUUUGGGUGAUUGCUUGCCUGGCUAGACAUACCUUGGUUAAGGCAACAUAGCACUCUGUUCGACCGGAGGAUCAACCUUUCCUUGGUCCUCUCCCUGCGUUUCUAUAUUCUGCACUUUUCCUUUCUGUCUCCCUUGUCUAUCGUACGCAACAUAAAAAGGAAGACAUACCCCUCCGUCUUCCUUUAUCUGCAUUUCAUUCAAACUCUUUGACUUGCUACAACACGAGUUUACCCGUUGACUCUACUACGCUUUCGAUCACAACAGCAUUUUAAUCGAAAGUUUGCAUCGCAUUCCCGUCUUACUCUUGAUAUUGCUUUGCCCUACCAGCUACCACCUGGUACUUCAACAUCUUCUUGCAGGUGUUUCCACCUACAUAGCUACGCAUUUUCUUUUGAUCAGUCAUCCGCCAUCAUCACCAUGCCUCACACUUAUUCCUCAAGCACUUCUCAAAGAAGUAUAUCAAGCGGGCUCAGCUCUUCAUACUCCCGCAAUUCAGAAGGCAAGAGUCAAACCUCAAAACCUCAGACAUCGAAACCCCUCAUUCACAACAGCGGAGGCCGCAGCUCAGACGAGAAGAGGCGUUCAGACUGGGAUGGCGGCAGAUGGAAAUAAUCGAUCAAUUUCCUAUGUAUCAGCAGAAGCCUCGAGUCGAAGCAUUCCUCCGUGAUGCCUUAAAGAGGCGGACGCAACCUCAUCCAACUACAGCUUCGCUUUCGCUUCAACAAACAACCACAGCACAAGAAGUGAGGCGAGAAGCAUCCACAUUGAGGCGCAUGAUGUGUAAUACGGAGGCAUUGACACCCGUUUUUUUCCGUCGAUGGUCACUUUCCGGAAUGCAACAUCCGUGUUUCCUGUCUACAGUCGAGAAGAUUCUUUGAACAACUUUACGCGCCUGUAUCGCUAUUACAGAUACCCACAGUUGUGCGAUCAGAGCACGAAUUAGUCAAUCCCUGUCAUUGGACUUGUAUACUAUAUCGAAAUUCUGCGUGACUUCCUCCGCCACAUCUCCUCCCACCUAACUAGUGACAAAAUCAUCUCGAACGGGGCGUGGCGGGCGACGACAACCUUUUCCCCCAAAAGUCGGAAUACAAAUAAUUCCAUUGGUCGAAGUUCCUAACGGCCGUGGCAUACCACGAGGCUGUCAGGCGGUGCAGGCUUUGUGUAUUUCCUUUUUUUCUCCCUCCCUUGUUCAAUUUUGGAUUUUGUACAACAGCCAUCAUACUAGCGGAUUGUAUAUUAUUGACCUAUUGUUGAUUUUUAA